AUGGCCUCACUACGACCAGCUUCCCGUCGAAUCCUUUCGUCGUCCACACAUGCGCCCCUCCUACAAAGACGAUGCCUUGCCACGGCAGCAUCAGAUAUCACGCCCUCAUCGCCGAACACAACGAAAUCUACCCCUCGGAAAGCCACGAAGUUCUCAGAUAUCCUGAAUGCUGGUCCUGCAUUUGGCGACUUUGUUUCUGGAAAAGAAGCUCCAUUGAGUCCUGAGGAAGCUUUGGAAUUGAAGACGGUCAUGGUUGGCCCUGCCGGCAAGAAGAAGCCUCACACACGAUUGCCCGAAUGGCUCAAGACUCCCGUUCCCAGCAGCAACAACUUCAAGAAGAUCAAGAAUGACUUGCGCGGUCUGAACCUACACACUGUUUGCGAGGAAGCACGCUGCCCUAACAUCUCCGACUGCUGGGGCGGCAGCGACAAGUCUGCUGCUACUGCCACUAUCAUGCUUAUGGGCGACACAUGUACACGUGGUUGCCGAUUCUGUUCCGUCAAGACAAGCCGAAAGCCCCCGCCGCUUGAUGUUCACGAGCCCGAGAACACCGCAGAAGCACUUUCACGAUGGGGUCUUGGUUACGUUGUCUUGACAUCCGUUGACCGCGACGAUCUUGCAGAUGGUGGCGCACACCACUUCGCCAGUACCAUCAUGAAGAUCAAGCAGAAGGCUCCUACAAUGCUCGUCGAGGCUUUGACCGGUGACUACGCUGGUGAUCUGGAGAUGGUCAAGGUGGUUGCCCAGAGUGGUCUGGAUGUCUACGCACACAACAUGGAGACCGUCGAAGCCUUGACACCUUUUGUUCGCGACCCUCGCGCAAAGUUCCGUCAGUCUCUUGCAGUCCUCAAGGCUGCAAAGGAGGCCAAGGAAGGCUUGAUCACAAAGACCAGUUUGAUGCUGGGACUGGGCGAGACCGAGGAUCAGCUCUGGGAUACACUUAAGGAACUCCGCAAGAUUGAUGUCGACGUUGUGACUUUCGGCCAAUACAUGCGCCCCACCAAGCGUCACAUGAAGGUCGAAGAAUACGUUUCGCCCGAAAAGUUCGAGCUUUGGAGACAACGCGCCCUUGACAUGGGCUUCCUCUACUGCGCCAGUGGUCCCCUGGUCCGCAGUUCAUACAAGGCCGGUGAAGCCUUCAUCGAGAACGUCCUCAAGAAGCGCGCCAAGAAGAACUCUCUCGCCAUGGCCGAGGAUGCUGGCGACUUCAAGCCUUUGAACGCUGCAUAG